AUGACCAAGACUCUCAGCGGCGUUGCUCUCGUUACCGGCGGUGCUUCUGGUAUCGGCGAGGCCACCGUCCGUUCGUUCAUCUCUUCCGGCGUUCGUCGCAUCACCGUUGCCGACGUUCAGGCGGAGAAGCUCGCCGCCCUCAAGGAGCAGCUGCAGGCGAACGACCCUGAGCUCGAGGUCCUCGACGUUGUUUGUGAUGUCAGCUCGGAGGCCGACGUGGUGGCCAUGGUCCAGCGUACCACUGAGACCUUUGGACGCCUCGACUACGCCGUCAACUGCGCCGGUAUUCUGGGUCCUCUGAAGCCUACGGCCGGCUACGAGGGCAAUGAGUGGGACCGCGUACAGGGCAUCAACAACCGUGGUGUAUUCUUCUGUGUUCGCGAGCAGCUGCGCGUCAUGGAGAACCAGGAGCUUCUGGAGGCUAGCCAUGAGCUGCGCAAGAUUCGCGGCUCCAUUGUCAACAUUGCCAGCAGUGCAGGUCUUGUCGGUGUUAGCACGCUCCCCGCCUACGUGUCCAGCAAGCACGGCGUCGUCGGCCUGACUAAAGCCGUUGCAAUCGAGUACGCUGCCAAGGGCAUUCGCUGCAACGCCAUCGCGCCCGGUGGUGUUGACACUCCGGCUCUGGCCAAGGCCGGUGAGGAGAGCGUAAAGGCGUUUAUGGCCGGGGGUGGCGACCCCACUGCGCUCAAGAUCUCUGUCCCGCCCACGCCCCAGGGACGUUCUGGUAUUCCUGAGGAGAUUGCCGACGUUGCUGUCUUCCUGUCAAGCGAGGGCGCGAGCUACGUUAACGGCGCCACCUGGGCGGUUGACGGUGGCUUCACCUGCCUGUUGCGUCCCGAGCACAAACAGGACGGGGACUUGAAAGCUGGGUGGAAGCAACGUGAACGGGCUCCGCCUGCAAUGUUUCCCGUCGUACUGUCGGAACAUGCCGCCCGAAAGGGUGUUGGGGGAAAGAAGGCGUACGAUGACAAGAGGUUGAAAUGGGCAGUUGACGCUGUCUCUGCUCCUCUCUUGCGAACCAAGUUCCGUUGA